ACAAACGAAAUAAAGUAAAUUAUAAAAGGAGCAAACCAAAACUCUUGCUGUAUCGCCAAGUCAUCUCUCAUCAUCAACAGUGCCAAAAAAAAAAAAAAUCUUAAAUUUGAUUCAAACAUAGGGAUCUCAGACUCAUCAGAAUCCUCGAGGAGAAAAUGGCAGGAAGGCAUUGUUGCAGAGAUGUUUUGCCAUUUACAUCGCUUGUGGCAAUGGAGUGUGUGAACGUGGGCUUGAACACUCUUUACAAGGCAGCUACUUUGCAGGGCAUGAAUUACUAUGUCUUUAUUGUCUAUGCAUAUGCUAUUGCUGCUCUUGUUCUUCUUCCUGCUCCUUUCAUCUCCUGCAGAUCAAGAGUUCUUCCUCCUCUAAGCUUCUCUAUACUCUGUAAAAUUGGUCUUCUUGGGCUUAUUGGGAGCUCAUCUCAGAUCAUGGGUUUCACAGGCAUAAAUUAUAGUUCUCCAACUCUUUCUUCAGCCAUCAGCAACCUCACACCAGCUUUCACUUUCAUUCUUGCCAUAAUUUUCAGGAUGGAAAGGGUUGCUAUGAAAAGAAGAAGCAGCCAGGCCAAAGUCUUGGGCACUAUCAUUUCAAUAGCUGGUGCAUUUGUAGUGACUCUGUACAAGGGUCCACCAAUUAUCAUUGCUUCAUCUCCAUCUAUUUCACUUGAUCAAUCUCUUCAAUCACCACAUCCAAAUUGGAUUCUUGGUGGAAUUUUUCUCACAGCUGAGUAUAUACUGGUUCCGUUAUGGUAUAUUGUUCAGACACAAAUAAUGAAGGAGUACCCAGCAGAGUUGACAGUAGUCUUCUUUUAUAAUUUAUCCGUGAGCAUUAUAGCAGCAAUUCUAGCUCUGGUUACUCAAGGAGCUUCGAGUGCUUGGAUGGUACGGCCGAGUAUAGCAUUAGCUUCCAUUGUUUGCUCGGGACUGUUUGGAUCAUGCUUGAACAAUACUGUUCACACAUGGGCACUGCACUUGAAGGGACCUGUUUUUGUUGCAAUGUUCAAGCCUUUGUCAAUUGCCAUUGCAGUUGCUAUGGGUGCCAUGUUCCUUGGUGAUACUCUCCAUCUUGGAAGUCUCAUUGGAGCAAUGAUAAUAUCCACUGGAUUUUACACUGUAAUGUGGGGAAAAGCCAAAGAAGAGUUGAGUGAAGAUUAUGGUGUUAGUACCCUGGAAUCUCCACCCGCCCAGAAGGUUCCUUUAUUGCAAAGCUACAAAGAUGAACUUGUGUAGGGCAAAUAAAAAAUGAAAGGCAAAUACAGAUCGCUCGGCUUUCUGAAAAAAUGAGGAUGCCUAUGCAGUAGACAACACCAAAUGCAGGAAAUGUCUCCAUUUUAACAGCCUAGAAUCACUUGCCUUUACAGCACAAGGGCACAAAUGCUCAUGCCCAAGUGCGUGCCAGUAGAGAACAGAUGGGAGCUGUGAAUACCAAAUAUCUAACAACUAGUUGUUCUACAUGAUCCCACUGUUCCAACUUGCAUGUUUGUUGAGUAGUCCUCAUAAUGAAUCACAAGGAAUUGCAGAAGAAGAAAAGAUUUACUCAUGCACAACA